AUGACGACGACGAGCGCGAACGGGACGGGGCGGACGGGUGCGAGAAUAAAGGCGCCGGCGAACGCGAAUAAGGGUUCGCCGCCGGCGAUGGUGUAUCACCCGAGCGCGAUGGUGGCGCCGGCGGUGGUGCCGUACAUGGCGCCGCGAGCGCCCACGCCCGCGGCGGAAGUGGUGGGAAACUCGUUCGUGAACCAGUUUUACACGAUUCUUCACUCUUCACCGGCGGUGUUGUACCGAUUUUACACGAAUGAUUCGACGCUCAUCGUGAGCGGCGAGCACGGAAGCGCGAGCGACGCGCCGACGACGUACCGGACCCAACGCGACAUCCACAACAAGGUGGUGAGCAUGCGAUACGAUGAAUCGCAAGCGGACGUGAAGUCGAUCGACGCAUCGCACACCCUCGGCGGUGGCGUGCUUGUGCAAGUCACUGGCGCCUUGCGCCGCAAGGGUGAAAACGUUGCGCGCAACUUUGUGCAAUCCUUCGUGCUCGCGCCGCAAGAGAAUGGUUUCUUCGUGCUGAAUGACAUCAUUCGAUACCUCGAUAAGGUCGAAGUCGCGGGUGCAACGGUUGCCACGCCGCGAGAGAACGCCAAGGAGGCGUCCAAGCAAGAAGCGCCGGCGACCAAGGUUGAGACAAAGGCGGGUAAAAAGGAGGGCGACAAGGCGGCGGUGAAGGCGACGGACGCGGUCGAGACGAAAUCGUCGGAAGAGACGAAGGGUGUAGAGGAGGGUGCGGAGGUUGAUCCUAACAAACCGAGGACGUACGCGAUGAUGGCGGCUGCCGCGGCCGCGGCGGUCGCGGCUGCCAAGCCGGCUGUCGCGACCGCCCCCACGGCGGGACCGGCAUCGCCGGCGAAGCCCGCGGCGGUGGAGAAAACGGAGCAAGUAGCUUCGCCGACAAAGCGUGGGUGCGGCAUCUUCAUCAAGAACAUCUUCAUCGAAUCGACGGUGGAAGAUCUCGAGAUCGAGUUCAGCAAGUUCGGGGUCGUCGUCGGUGGCGCAAAGGGCAUCAACCUCAAGUCGCCCAAGUUGAACCACGAGACCAAGUUCGCUUUCAUCGAUUUCGAGGAACCAUCGUCGGUGCAGGCGGCAUUAGAAGCAACCAUUGAGCUGCACGGCAAGGUGUUGGUGGUUGAGAUGAAGAAGGCUUCAGCAGUCAAUGCCAAGGGGGUGAGCGCCAACGGGAAACGGGAAUCCCGCGGGCGCAACGGAGAGGGUGGGGGUGAGCGCAAGAACGGCACGAAGAAUGCGCGGCAACCAAAGAAGGCGGAGGUUGCCGCCUCGAAGUGA